AUGCAUACGAGAGCAUCUCGGUCCUCAAAAAACGUAUCGAUAAAGAUGAUUUUUCACUAUGUUCAGAAUUUAUAUUCUCAUCUGAAUUAA